AUGAAAAUCGGUGGUGUGUUUAUUCAAGGACCGAAUCAUCUAGGACCAAAUCAUAUCGAAUACCCAGUUGUUCAGUUCCAUAUUCCACGUGAACUUCAAAAUUUAGACUGGACAUUAUCGUUGUAUGUGUUGACGGAAUAUUAUAAGAAUCAAAGCUUCUUUCAACAUUUUUCAAAAGGAAUUUUGAAUAAUACUGAUACUCCAGAUUCUCCGAUUGAUAAUCCGCACCACAUUACAUUAACAAAAGACGAUAUUGAGAGAGGACUUUAUGAAGUUCGUGUUCGAUUAUUAAAUAUUACUGGUAUUGCGGAAUUAAAAAAAAGACCAUUGAUACUAUUUCCUCACCAACAACAUGCUGGAUUACCGUGUAGUGAUACAGCCAAAAGUCUUGAACUUGAUGCAAAAAAAUAUCAUCUUGCCGCUGUUUUAUCUUGCAACGACCGAGCGGUGCGCGUAACUGUAUCGAAUUUGACGACAGAAGAAGAAAGAUAA